AUUAAUAAAUGGGAUUAUGUGAGAGUAAGGAGGCAGAACAUAUGAGUUCAGGUAGAAUUGAUAGUUUGAUUAAAUCUUCUCCUUCUUAUAAUAAUUUAAUAAGUUAAGAUACCCAUCCACGAAGCAGUCUUCCUUGUAAAUAUGAGACUGUGAUAAUACAAGAUAAUUUGAAAACUAUUGCAGAGGAAAGUAUAAUACAAUAAGAUCGAUAAAUCUAAUAUUAAUCUACAGCUCCAUCUCCUUAAGCAUCAAUAGAUAGAAAGGAAGUGUCUCAGUAGAUUCCGUUGAUGAUAUUAAACCCUGCUGGAACUUGGAGUUUAUAGACCCAUGCUAUAAAACAUGGAGGAAUGUAUGAAGUAUCAGUUGGUAUGGAAUGUGUAGGAAUGUAUGAAGAAUGGGAAUUUGUUUUAAAUCAUGAGGGUCCUAUUAUAAAUUAGGAUAGAUUUGUGGUAAUUCAAAGUCCAUAUAAAUUAUUAGUUACGUCAUUUGUUGACUGAAACCUUGUUGGUGGCUGAAUAGAAUCUAUAAGGAGAGUAUAAGGUGGGUUCUAUAAGUAGUAAAACUAUGAAAGAUUAAGCUAUUUGGCAAAUCGAAAUAGGAACAGAUAUUCUAUGUGAAAAUACAUUUGUUAGUAAAUUAAUUUAUUCUAUGGUAGAAUUACGUCAUGGAUUAUCUAAAUUGUACUUAUCAAGAACCAAUGAAAAUGGCUCAAUGGAGAAUCAUAGAAGAGUAGCACUAACUAAAUUUGAUCCGAUCAAUAGUUUUUGGUUAGUCAAAUUAAAAUGAUACUUAAUAAAUCAAAAUCAC